GGAGGAGGAGGAGGAGGAGGAGGAGGGGGAGGAGGAGGAGGAGGAGGAGCGGGAGCGAACCCGACUUCCGGGUAGAGCCGCCGCACGCCACCGGCGUCUCGCUUUUUCCUUCCCCUCCCCCGGGUCCCCCUCGCCCGCUCCCUCCUUUCCUUUGAUUCCCAGCCCCACCCGCCAAAAUGAACAGCUCGGACGAGGAGAAGCAGCUGCAGCUCAUCACCAGCCUGAAGGAGCAAGCAAUAGGCGAAUAUGAAGACCUCAGAGCUGAGAACCAGAAAACAAAGGAGAAGUGUGACAAAAUUAGGCAAGAACGAGAUGAAGCUGUUAAAAAACUGGAAGAAUUUCAGAAAAUUUCUCACAUGGUUAUAGAGGAAGUUAAUUUCAUGCAGAACCAUCUUGAAAUAGAGAAGACUUGUCGAGAAAGUGCAGAAGCCUUGGCAACAAAGCUAAAUAAAGAAAACAAGACACUGAAAAGAAUCAGCAUGUUAUACAUGGCCAAGCUGGGACCAGAUGUAAUAACGGAGGAGAUAAAUAUCGACGAGGAGGAUCCAGCCACCGACACAGAAGGUGCGGCCGAGACGUGUGUAUCAGUCCAGUGUCAGAAACAAAUCAAAGAACUUCGAGAUCAAAUUGUAUCUGCUCAGGAAGAAAAGAAGAAGCUAGCUAUUGAGCUGGAAAAUCUCAAGAGCAAGCUUGUAGAAGUAAUGGAUGAAGUAAAUAAAGUUAAGCAAGAGAAGUCUGUUUUAAAUUCAGAAGUUCUUGAACAGAGAAAAGUGUUAGAAAAAUGCAACAGAGUGUCCAUGUUAGCCGUGGAAGAGUAUGAAGAGAUGCAGGUGAACCUGGAGCUGGAGAAAGACCUUCGGAAGAAAGCAGAGUCAUUUGCACAAGAGAUGUUCAUUGAACAAAACAAGCUGAAGAGACAAAGCCGCCUGCUGCUACAGAGCUCAGUCCCUGACCAGCAGCUUGUGAAAGCGCUCGAUGAAAACGCAAAACUUGUCCAGCAACUUGAAGAGGAGAGAAUUCAGCAUCAGCAAAAGGUCAAAGAAUUAGAGGAGCAACUGGAAAAUGAAACAUUGCACAAGGAGAUACAUAACCUCAAACAGCAACUGGAGCUUCUAGAAGAAGACAAGAAGGAAUUGGAAUCAAAAUACCAGGGAUCUGAAGAGAAGGCUAGAAAUUUAAAGCAUUCCGUGGAUGAACUCCAGAAGCGAGUGAACCAGUCUGAGAAUUCCGUGCCUCCUCCUCCGCCUCCACCUCCGCCACUUCCCCCUCCGCCUCCCAAUCCUAUCCGAUCUCUCAUGUCCAUGAUCCGGAAACGAUCCCACCCCAGUGGCAGUGGUGCUAAGAAAGAAAAAGCAACCCAACCAGAAACAACCGAGGAAGUCACAGAUCUAAAAAGGCAAGCGGUUGAAGAGAUGAUGGAUAGAAUUAAAAAGGGAGUUCAUCUUAGACCUGUUAAUCAAACCACCAGACCGAAGGCAAAGCCAGAAUCCUCGAAAGGCUGUGAAAGUGCAGUGAAUGAACUAAAAGGAAUACUGGGGACACUUAACAAAUCCACUAGUUCCAGAAGCUUAAAAUCCCUUGACCCUGAAAACAGUGAAACUGAGUUAGAAAGGAUUUUGCGUCGCAGAAAGGUGACGGCAGAAGCAGAUAGCAGUAGUCCUUCCGGAAUAUUAGCCACGUCAGAGUCUAAAUCCAUGCCAGUGUUGGGUUCUGUAUCCAGUGUAACAAAAACAGCCUUGAACAAGAAAACUCUGGAGGCAGAAUUCAACAGCCCGGCCCCCCUAACACCUGAGCCAGGUGAAGGGUCCCGUAAAUUGGAAGGAUGCACAAGUCCCAAGGUUACCUUUCAGCCUCCCAGUAAUGGUGGCUACAGGAGAAGAUGCUUUGGCACUGAAACACAAGUUGAACCAGUUAUAGUUUUAGAUCCUGUUUCUACAUGUGAACCCCAAACCAAAGACCAGGUCGCUGAAAAAGAUCCAACGCAGUGUAAGGAGGAGGAAGGCGAAAUUGAACCAGAAUACAAAGAAGACAGCAUUGGAAAGAUGAGAGAAACAGACAGCUCCAACUGCUGAUGGGAACCUGAAUGCUGACCUGUUGGAAGUCCUUUUUCAUAAGCACAUGCUUUGUCUUGGUGUGUUGUCUAGGGCUAUAGCCAUUCUGUUCCGCUCCCUGUAUUCCCAAUACGUGCUUUUCUGGUAUCACUUUUGUAAGUAGCAACUAUAAACAUAAGUAAGCAAUUUAACAGCAUAUACAUUCUAAGUAGUUUUGGGUUUGUUUUUUUCUUUGUCUUAAUAAGGAUAAGAUUUUUCCUGAUUACUAUGUUAAGUAUGAUUUCUUGCUAAAGGCUAAGAUGCAAAUGCUGAUCUCUUUGGAAGAAUUGUGCAUACCACUUAUCAAAUGUAAUGCUGAAAUUUUUGAGGGGCUUGUGAAUCAUUGGAUAAACAGGACUGACCAAUUUAACGUGGUGGCACAUACCUGUAGUCUCAGCACUCAGAAGGAACCCAGGAGUUAAAUGACUAGCCUAAGCAACACAGCUAGACCCCCAUCACACUGUUCCUUUUCAGCCCUUUUCUAAGGAGGCUUCUGUGUGGGGUCUGCUUCUGUUUUGGUGGAGGAAACUCCAGUAGCAUGAGGCCUGCUGUGGACUGUGACAUACAGGUUAUUUUCUAGGGCAGGCUGGGAUGAACUUUGAACUCAGGCUCUGGCAUUAUCUAGUUGUUCUUUAGGUCAGGGCUAAUUUACACAGUUUUAAAAAAAUACGUGCAAUUAAUUUGCUCAUGCCCAGUGCCUGCCAAGGACUCAGUGGGAAUGUUCUGGUGGCCUGAAUACAGAAUUCAGGUGAAAAGUCCAAAAGCUUGAAAUUCACAGUAAUAUCUUGAUAAGCCAUGUUUUCUGUACUGUGAGUUGUGUGUUCCCAUUUACUAAUCCAGUACGAGUACCAUAUUUGAUCACAGUUCUUAUGCACAGUGACAAGCACAUGUUUUUCUGGCUUCACUGCUGUUCCGCAUUACCAGUUUUUGUUUUGUUUCUCUUUUUUAAAGAAAUUAAAUGGUAGUUAGUCUCUAAAAAUACAAUGUUUCAGGCUACCACCGUGAAUAAAUAGAAAUGUAAUCAGGGAUUUUUUUUAAAGAAAAAAAAACUUAUGCAGCUUUUCAAAGUUGAUUGUUUCAAAAUUGGUGUUUAUUUAAAAUAAGUGGUAAUGCACUUGAAUGCACUUUUUUAUGACAAUGAUUCGGUAAUGGUAAUUUUACUAUUAAAGAAAGCGAAAGGUUUAGUUGUGUUAGCAUGACUCAGCAUGUAGCUGUCAGGUGUUUUGCACCUAAGGGCAAAAGAAAAUGAUAGUAAUAAUUACAGUAGUUGUGUUUUAUUGUAUUUUUGCACGUGUGCUACCCAUAGGCUUGACAAGGUGGGGAGACAAGUGAAUGGACUUACUUGGUCCAUUUUGGAGACAAUUCUGUUUCAGUGGGUUCACUCUGCUUGACUAUUUUCCAUGUUCUUCCAGUGAUGGUUUGAUGGUUAUCUAUCAGUUUACUUGUGGGGAAUUAAAAAAUGUAAUGUUUUUCAACCAUG